AUGUCGGCUCUCUUCAAUUUCCAGUCACUUCUGCUGGUCUUCCUGCUUAUCAUCUGUACGAGCACCUACGCCCACUCGAUCAUGCCGGGAAUCAUGGAUCGGAAUCAGAAUGGCUUCUUCGGUAUCUUCUGGAAAUGUGCUCGCAUCGGUGAACGGCUGAGUCCCUACGUCAGUAUUUGCUGCGUGGUGAUGGCUGUUUCCAUCUUCUUCGGCGGCUGA